AUGAAUAAUGGUAUUGAUGUUGCUGAUGGUGAUAAACAAUCAAUAAAAAAUUAUAGUGAAGCUAAAUUAAUUUAUUUUAAUUGUAAGUUUUUUUUUGUUCUUAACAUGUUUGUUGGUGUUGUUGUUAAAAAUUUUCAUAAUUGUCGAGUUGAACAGGAAAUUGAAGAACAAGCUCGAAAUAAAUUAAAACGGUUUUUUAUUUUUGCUACAUUUGGAGUUGAACUAUUUCGUAGAUUAGAAUGUAAUGAAGAACAAUUAUAUAGGGCUAUUGAUAAACAUGCAGAUUUUCAAAAUUUUGGUAUAGCUCUACUAACAUUAUUUCGUGUUGCAACAGGUGAUAAUUGGAACAGUAUUAUGAAAGAUACUCUACGUCAAGAUGAUUUAUCGUAUACUAAUAAAUAUCAUUUUAUAACAAUUAUUUCACCAAUUUAUUUUGUUAUUUUUAUUCUUCUGGCUCAAUUUGUUCUUCUCAAUGUUGUUGUUGCUGAUUCAAAUCGAAUAAUUGAUGAUAAUAUUCAAAUUAAUCAAAAACUUCAACUUGAUAUUUCCAAUCAAAAUUCUAUUGAACAUUCUUUAGUUAAUAUAAAUACACUCAAUAGUGAAGAUUCUAUUCGUUAUUAA